AAUUAAUCCGGUUUGUUGGUGGCGCUUUCCAAAGAAGACUUGUGACUUGUGAUGAAACGAUAAAACCAAGAGAGUUACUUACUGAUUAUGAUGAAAUGAAACCACAUUGUUGAUUGUUUAAGAGAUAAUUCUAAUUGGAAAAUGGAUGACAAAGAUGACAGCAAUCAUUUUUCAGCAACUGAUACAGAUUCAAAAGACAUAAAGCUAAUUCAACCCUUUGGAAGACAUUCAACUGAAGUUUCACCAUUUAUACAAACGUCAAAUAUAGCUCCAAAUGUAAAUCCAUUUGCGACAGGAUCACUUGAGACCAGUGCUAGUACAGAGAAAUCAACUCCGAAUUUAUUUGCUACAUCUUUCAAACCUAUCUUUGGAUUUGCCGGACCUUCUCAACCAAAUUUAAGCUCAGCAGUAGAUUUUCAAAGUCAUGAGACUAGUGGAACACAGAAACAAUCAAAUCUGUUUGGUGGAAAUAGAAAUGCAAACAAAAGCAAACAAGAACCCUCUAUAUUUGGUCGGUUAGCGCCGUCUAAGAAUACCUUUACACAGCCUAGGGUUGGAGAAGAUUCAGCUGGAAUAGGUAUUAGUAUCACACAUGCACAGCAAGAAACAGACAUAACUGGCAUUGAUCCAGAGACUGGUGGACCCAUGGUUACACGUGACAGCAAAAAUAAAAACACAGGAUUGUUCACUGGCAGGAAAAUAGAUUUAAAAAAACAAUCAAAAACCAGUCCAGCUAGAACCCGUAAGGAUGAAGCAAGUGCUAGACCACGUGGCAUGCAUGAUGUGCCAUCCUCUAAGCGUGGUCGUAGAGAAGAUUCAGAUGUAUUUUCACAAAAAAGUGCAUCACGUACAAUAUCUAAAGUAGAUAACACAUUCGGAGACCCCUCUGCAGUUGAUAUCUCAGAGCUGGAGAAAUUUGGAGCUAGGCAAACCAAAUCCCCAGGCAGUUCUCCACGCAAAAAGAAAUCUGAGACAAGAAGAGGUGGGAUAUUUAGUGCUGCAUUAAAAGGAACUGGGAUGAAAACAGAAAAGAAAGAAAUUCUAAAGAAGUCUCAAAAAGCUGAUUCAAGAAGCCAGAUGACCCGACAAGUGUCAAAAUCCCCUGACGACAACAGAUCAAGAAUUUCAGUUCGAGGAAUUCCUGAUCACCUGAACAACAAAGAUACCUUACGACGGCAUUUUAGUCAAUAUGGAGAAGUACGGGGAGUCUACCCUAUCAUAAAGAAACAAGGUGCCACAAUUGUUUACAGGCAUCAUGAUGCUGCUGUCAAAGCUAAGACCAAUGGCAGAUGGUUAGAACGUGGAAGCAAACCAUUAUCAAUAUUCCUUAUUAAAGGAACACGUAGAGCCACUGUAUCAGAUGAAGAUGGUAAAGAAGUUCAAAAGGUGAAGAAACUGGGCAUAAAAGACCAAGCUGUUAAACGUGAGGUAAGCCCACGACCACUAGCAACUCCAGAGAAAACCAGAGACAAGCCACAGACAGUAGUUUUAGCAAGUGAGACCUCUAUGGUGGUGAAGCAAGCCACUUACUCUGCCAAUGAACGGUACCAAGUGCUAGUAGAGAAUGACAAGUUACUCAGACAAGCUUUAGGGAAUAAGAAGCAAGAGAACCUGUCAAGUGCUAGUACUGUCAGAGGCUCCUGUCCUGACAUGUGUCCAGAGAAAGAGCGUUACAUGAGAGAGGUCCAGAGAAGGGUCCAUAUAUUUGAAAUGAUUCCGGGGACUGACAAGAAUCCACAAAUAGAUCAUGCUAUAGCAGUAAAGGAGUAUAGUAGGUCAUCAGCUGACCAGGAAGCACCACUGCCCCAUGAACUUCGCCCUCCUGCAGUUCUCAAUAUGACAAUGAAUUAUUUGAUGAUUGCGAUCAUGGAUAAGGGGGAGGGGCGUUGGGCGGACUGGUUUGACUUUGUUUGGAAUAGGACUCGUGGAAUAAGGAAGGACAUCACGCAGCAGCAUCUCUGCGACCUCACCGCAGUUGAUUUAGUUGAGAAGUGUGCACGGUUUCAUAUCUACUGUGCACAGCGUCUGUGUGAGGCUGGGACUAGGGUUUUCGAUCCGAAGAUAAACAAUGAAAACCUGACAAAAUGCCUUCAGAGCUUGAAGCAGUUUUAUGCGGAUUUAGAUGAAGAAGGGACCAUUUGUCCGAACGAAGCAGAAUUUCGAGGCUACAAUGUUCUACUGAAUCUGAAUCAAGGAGACAUUCUUAGAGAAGUACAAAAGUACAGGUUUGAAGUACGACAAUCAAGUGAAGUCAAGUUUGCUGUGCAGGUGUUCACUGCUCUUAAUAGCAACAACUAUGUUUGCUUUUUUAAACUUGUAAAAUCCGCUACAUACCUGAAUGCCUGUGUUCUGCACCGGUAUUUUACACAAAUCCGAAGCAGUGCCCUCGAGACCAUGGUGAAGGCAUAUAGUACUGCUCGUGGCGGAUCUUACCCGUUGAUUGAUUUUGUGCGACAGCUUAUCUUUGAGGAUGAGAAAGAGGCAUCCGAUUUUUGUGCCUCUCAUGGGCUUGAGGUUACUAAUGACGACAUCAUAUUUGAAAGCAAAUCUUCUUUUGUCCGGCCUAGUAGUGCCAUAAGUGCCAGGAGGGCAGUGAAGCUAAUUGAGGCCAAGAAUCCGCUUAGCAUCGGACAGGUUGUAAAUAACCGACAGCCCUUGCCCCCACUAGAACAACAUAUCCAGAUGACUAGUUUUGAUUCUGAAGGAAAAUUUAUCGGACAACACAAGAUGAUUCCUGCAGUAACAGUAGAGGUAGUGGCACCAAUUGUGGGGCAGCUUCAAACCAUGCAAAAAAAAGAAGAUACUAAACAACCAGAAUAUACAAAUGAACAGGUAAAGGGAGUAGCGAAAGAACUAUUUAUUGAAGUGAUCAAUGAGAUGUGUGUGGAGCUUAGCACAAGAUUAUUUAGCGUUCUUAAUCAUCUCAUGAAAGAAGAAGCUCCUCUGAUCCUGGAGAAUUUGUUGCAUGAAGUGACGGGACGUAUGAUACUUGAUACUGCCUCUGUGACGUAUGAACAAGAACUGCUUGAGGAGCGGCAAAGAAUUGAAGAAAAAAAGGAGCAGAUUGCCAAUGAGAUUCGCAAUGAAAUUGUUAACAAAGCAGUUGCAGAGGAAUUAUUGUGUAUUGCUACAGAACUGGACAGAGAGGUGAAAUUGCAGCUGAAACAAGCGUCAAUCACCCGCACAACGUUUUCAAUACAUCUUGACAUUGUUGAAGAAACGUUGCAGGAAGAACUGCGAGGAAUCUCAUUAGACACCUACGCAGCUGCCAUUGAAGCCAGAAGACAGAGACUUGCUGAGAUCCAGCAGUGCGUGGAGCUCAUCAGGGUUGGCAGAUACUUCGAGAAAUGGAAAAAUGCAUAUGCUGCACGAAUUCGUCUAAAGAGGGCAAUGUAUGAAUUCCCUUCAGCACCUGCAAGUACAUCGUUAAAGGGACAGAUAGAAACAUUGCUGCCAUUUCGUUCUUCUGUGUCGCCUAUACUGGAUGGAAAUACAAUGCUUGUUGGGAAAAAAGCAAAGAUGUCUUUGGAAACACCUGUCAGUAUCAUUGAAAGUAGGACCAGCCUAGCUCAAAGCAUUCUUCAGCAUCAUUACCUUUCCUAUCAUCAGCAACAGAAGGCCUGGGCCCCAUUUGAGUUGCCCACCAUCUUAGGUCAGUCCCUCCACCAGUCAGACGCAAGCAUCUCCAACCAAAGCAGCAGCCAUAUUUACUGGAAACUUGUAGUCUCCCUACCAGAAGAUGAACAGCAAACAUCUGGUGAUGCAGAGAUCAUGUGUGAUUGGUUGGAGGCUAAGUUUACAAAAGGAAAGAUCGAUGAGAAUUUCAAAAAAAGUGUUCUCAUGGAUAGCAACAAGGUGAACACACUUAGUCUCUACACCAGUUCUAUUAACCACCGCGGUUACAACAAAGAUGAGUUGUCAAUUUGUGUGAAGUGUGUUUAUGGUGAACUUGAACAACCUGUGGUGGAUCAGGCUAAACAGCACCACCAAUUCCUUGGGACAUCUGCAAUGAUCCUGGCCUUGGAGAAGCCAAUUGCUGAUAAUGUUAAGUAUUACUGGUUGUUAGCCCAAUUGCGAUUAAAGAAUAUUCUUCAAGCCAAGCCUCUGUUACCUGCUAUCCCAUUGUUAGUGUGUCUGCUGGGAUGGGCCUGCAGUCUCAGUGUCUGUUCAGAAAAGCUAGGCUUACAGGAGUUGAAAAGUGAAGGGUUGCUUUCAGCCUAUAAGAUACAGUGUAUCACAGCUUAUAUACUUAAGCCACGGACAAGUGAAUUGUUGUCGGAAGGUGUUGAUUGGUUAGCCUUACAUCAACCAAAGCCACCAUCGUUAAAACAGUUGCCGUUGAGGUCCUUCAUUGACCACGGCUUGAUGCUGUUUUUUACUACUAGUUUGUAUGAGGAUGUCAAAGAACGCAAGAGAGCUGGAAUUUCAGAUCAAAAUCCAGAGCGCGUUGUUGAGCUGUACAAUUCAGUGGUUUGUCACCUGUGUCAGGUUGCGACUUCACCUCAUCUUACUGCCAUCUCGUGGCCUGUGGCAGAAUUUGCUAUCAACAAUCAUGAAUCAAUUGAUGGAGCGCAUCUAGACUGGAACUCUGAUUCACAAAUGCUGAGAUUAAAGUCAAGAAUAAGUAGCUUACAGUUACCUGAUCCCCCUGAUUCCAAAGACAACUGGUAUUCUGCUUGCACAGCAUGUCUGCAGUAUGUUAAGAUGAUCACAGGUGACCCUAGGUCAAUGGCACCAUUAAUUAACAGGGUGAAGAGACUUUUAGAGAGAACAGAACAUGAUUUUGAGAACACAUGCUACUUUAGUUUUGACGAGAGUGGCUGCGUUCCGACUGCCGAUCAUAUACCUUGGAUCAAAAUUCUGGAGUUGUGUAUUAGCCAUAAGUUAGCGAUGCUACCAGAAACAUUGCAACAGCAGGAAGACUUGGAUUCAGACCCUCAUUUAUUCUUAGUCUAUUACUUUGAAUCUGAUUUGAAUAACUACAAGCCACCAAGUGUCUGGAAGGAAGCAACUAAAGACACAGCUGAUGACAGCAAGCUCCAUCCUGAAAGCAUAAGCAAGUCAUUCUAUGCAAGUGCUAAUAAGAAGAGGGCUGAGUGCGUUCUGCUUGAUGAAACAGAUGGAGUUGUUCGUAAACAGAUCAAGGUCAUUCCAGCAACAAUUCCCAUAAUGAAGGAAACUUCAGAGACAGUUGAAGAUUUCAAAUGUGAAAUGAUGAAAGAAAAAGAAGAAAUUGAUAGAUUGGAUAAGCUUUUGGCUGAAUGUACUAACGAUGAAUGCACCUACAACAAAGAUAUGAUGACAGACUUCACCCCAUCAUUUGAAUUAUAUGUUGGUAGAGGAAUGAAUCAUUUUCCAGCAGUUGAAUUAACAAUUGAAGAUAAACUACAAGAACUACGAGAGAGCAUACAGCGGGACAGACGUGCCAACCGAUUAGCUGAUCUAAAAAUUCAUUCCAUGCUAGAUGGCUGAUUAGAUAAUAAAGAUGUAUGUAUGUAUACAGCUAUGUACGUGUCAAUAGAUUAUGCAUAUAAGAACAGUAUAUAUAUAUUAUUGUGAUACAUAGCUUGAUUAUCCUAAUGAUAAAAAGGGUGUACAAGUAAUUAUUCAAACAAAAGCCAAAGUUUUGUACUAAAACUAUUAGUUCAUCAUUAUAUUUAUUAUACUAUUUAUUGAAAUGUUGUCUUUUAAAGUAAUCAUUACAGUAUUAUUCAUUAUGUUACUACUGUUAUUACAAUUGUUUAUAUAAAAUGGGAAAAUGAAAAAAAAAGGAUAUGGAAUAUGAUUUUGCUACCAUCAGAAUAAUGAUGAACAUGUUAAAAGUGUAAAAUUAAAAGUAAAGUAAUCUUCAAUUUUCAAGUUUGUAUAAAUAUAAUGUGUUACUUUGAGUACUUUUUUUCUGUACUUGGGUUGAAAUUUAACCAUGAUAGUAGUUUGCCAAUAAGCUUGCAAAAAGCAAGAUAUUUUUGUGCUCAUUUGCAAAUGUUUUGCAGCUUGAAUGUCUUCAGGAGGAAGAUUCAAAUAAUUUGUAAAAAAAAAACAUGUUAAAAGACUGUUUGAAUGAAAGAAAUGAGACGGAAAAUGUUUAGGAAAUGUAAGGAAAAGACGUUUUUAUAAAAUGCAACAAAAAAAGAUAUGGAAUAUGAUUUUUCUACCAUCAGAAUAAUGAGGAACAUGUUAAAUCACAUCUGAAAUGUAAAAUUAAAAGCAAAGUAAUCUUUACAUAUUUUUUUACUAUUUUUCAAAUUUGUAUAAAGAUGUGUUACUUGCAAUCAAAGGCUUAGCCAGUACUUGGGUUGAAAUUUAACAAUGAUAGUAGUUUGCCAAUAAGCAAUUAGCAUUUUUGUGCUCCUUCAGGAGGAAUAUUCAAAUAAUUUGUUUUAAAAAAAAAUAAUGUUAAAAGACUGUUUGAAGAGAAAAAA